UGGUUCACAAUGAAUGGUACUAAGACAUCCUAUGCCAAGAGUUUCAUGAGCGCUCUCGGCAUCACUGCACAAAUCCCAAAUUUCCUAGUUUCUGUCAUCAAUCUGAUUGGGUCACUAAUGAUACGGAUAGUUGGACCGCUGGCGGUGAACUGCAUGAACAUCGUAGUGAUCUUGGCGUUGGUUAUUUUUCAAGAUCCUUCUGUUGAUGCGAUGCAAUGGUUCUACAUUGUUUCAUUAACGAUUGUUAUGAUAAUGAAUGCAUCGAAUGGCUUAUAUCAAAAUUCCGUUUUCGGCCUGACAGCUGAUUUCCCUGCCGCCUAUACAAAUGCUCUAGUGGUUGGCAACAACAUUUGCGGAACAUUCACCAGCGUCUUGUCUAUAGUGAGCACGGCUGCGGUUGCUUUAGUGUAUUUCUCGAUCUCAUUGGCUACUAAACUGUUUUAUUUUUUAGUUGAAGAUUUCUACAAGUUCUAUACAGAAAAGGGUAGAAGAAGUCGUUUAGCACAAAACGCUACCCGACCAAGUUUGGCUCAAUUUCUCGAAACAUUCAAAAAUUGUUGGCCACAAUUGUUAAGUGUGUUCAUGGUGUUCUUUGUGACGUUGGCCGUCUUUCCUACGGUACUUGCCGGGACCGUGCCCAAUAAAAAAGGCGAACCAUGGAACGGGGAACUUUAUGCUGGUUUCACUACGUUUCUCAAUUUCAAUCUUAUGGCAGCAGUGGGUUCAACAGCUGCUAAUUUUAUACAAAUACCAGGACCAAAGACACUACUUUUACCGGUUCUGGCACGCCUUCUAUUCAUUCCGUACUUUAUGCUCUGCAAUUAUAACAUAGAUGACCGUGUGAUGCCGGUAAUCUUCCAAAAUGAAUGGUUUUUCAUCAUCGGUAACGCUGUGAUGGCAUUAAGCAGCGGGUAUUUUAGUUCACUUGGAAUGAUGUACGCUCCCAGGGUCGUACCCGAGUCACUAUCGAAAACCGCUGGCAUGGCAGCAGCGCUUUGUUUAGUUGCAGGUGAAGUUAUUGGCAACAUUAAAUUUUAA